AUGCGCAGCAUUAUUGCUGUACUACCGCUCUGGGCAUCUGUGCUCGGCGCCGCUAUCGAGCAUAAGAACGCUGCUACGCUCUCGUUGGAAGUUUUGACCAAACAUGUGAUGACAUGGCAAGUAGGCUGGUACCCCAAUCCCGGCGCAACCUCGCCAGACGACGGGGCACUGUGGAUGGGCGACGUCGAUGAGGGACGCGGCAAAGCCAUGUUGCUCGAAUCGAAACCGGCUUCUGGUGGGGCUACUGACAGUACGUGGUUUAUCGAGAGCAAGACGAUCGAUGGCAGGCCUUUUGCUCUGGGUCUGAUGGUGCGAGACGUCCAAAAGAGACUUGCCCAAGAGAACGUUAUCGCCAUCCAUCUCGAAGGACAGGAUAUCGAUGUCAGAGAUACUUCGUUAUAUGUGCUCAAAUUCAACGGCCACCAGAUCCUGCCACCCCUCGGGAGCAGAUGA